AUGCUACGCUUGGAUAUGGUGGAGGCAACCCAUGUUGUUAUCCAACACGAUCCAUCAACUAUUAUUGGUUCUAUGGUCGCAACAGAUGCAAUGGCACUGGAUGCGUCAAUCCUGGAUACGCUGGCAGCGGCAUCGGUUGCGAUUCGGGACGUAUGGGCUUUGGGUAUACUAUGCAAUGGCACUGGAUGCGUCAAUCCUGGUUACGCUGGCAUCGGCAUCGGUUGCGAUUCUGGACGUAUGGGGUUUGGGUCUACUCUUAGUGGUUGUGCUACUUACGGAAUAGCAGUACCACCUCCAGUGCCGCCACCACCGUUGCAGAAUAUUUGUUGUUGA